AUGUUGGUCCAAGGGAGUGUGGCUUUGAGUAUUAGGAAGAAGAAGACGAGAGCGAAGAGAAAGAAGGAGGCAUUGAAUGUGGAGUCUGUUUGGGCUUGGCCGGAAGUUUCAGACGUCAUCAGUCAUCAGUACUCACGUCUACGCGUCUGGUGGUGCAAGAAGUGUAAACAGAAUGAAGUGAAGCUUGUUGACCAAAAAAACUCCCGAAAACGCAAUGCGAUUGCGCUCAAUGUGGGGCUUCUCAUGGCCCACAUUUGGACUCUUUCUAGGCAUCCAGUGAUCGUCAUACCACCUCGCACCACCAGUAUGAGACCGAUGAAGUCGCAAUCCUGCGACUGCAAACCUUCACACUUCACCUUACUCGUGAACAUGACAGGGACAUCGCACGUGGCGCAAGACACCGAGAGCUUGUUGAUGGAAUAUAUGGAAUGGUCCAUCCAGCGUCAGGCCCUAGCUCGACUUUCUAACCAUUACUUGUCAUACAUACAAGAAAAGAGAUCACUUCCUGGGUAUCUCGCUCCUUACGCAUUACAGUGA